GCUGCAGAUAAAACUGAAGACUAAUUUGAUCAGGUUAGACUAAGUGUAUUUGAUUGGUGAAAUGGAGGGUCUCACAUCAGACGGAGGGGCCAUCAGCAACCCUGCAGACAUCACCGUUAUUGUUGGAUAUUUUGUCAUGGUUAUAAGUGUUGGUAUUUGGUCCAUGUUUCGGACAAAUCGUGGGACAGUGGGAGGAUAUUUCCUGGCAGGGCGCACCAUGACCUGGUGGCCGGUGGGUGCAUCUUUGUUUGCUAGUAACAUUGGCAGUGGUCACUUUGUAGGCUUGGCAGGAACUGGAGCAGCUAGUGGCAUCGCUGUAGGAGGAUUUGAGUGGAAUGCCCUGUUCAUUGUGCUGCUGCUGGGCUGGCUGUUUGUACCCGUCUACCUCACAGCUGGAGUGAUUACCAUGCCGCAGUACCUGAAGAAGAGGUUUGGUGGGACCAGAAUCAGUCUGUACCUAUCGGUCAUCUCUCUGUUUCUGUACAUUUUCACCAAGAUCUCAGUGGAUAUGUUUUCAGGAGCUGUAUUUAUUCAGCAGGCGUUAGGGUGGAACAUGUAUGUGUCUGUCAUCGCCCUUCUGUUAAUUACAGCUUUAUACACUGUUACAGGUGGCCUGGCAGCUUUGAUGUACACAGACACAGUCCAGACGUUUGUCAUCAUUGCUGGCGCUUUUGUCCUCACUGGAUAUUCCUUUGCUGAAGUCGGAGGCUACGGCAGUCUGCUUACCAAAUACAGCGCUGCUAUGCCCAGUAAUUUCUCCUCCAUGGACCCCCAGCGCUACAACAUCUCUCCCCACUGCUACACCCCCAGACAUGAUGCUUUCAGCCUCCUGAGGGACCCAACCACAGGAGACCUGCCCUGGCCUGGGGUGUUGUUUGGGAUUUCAAUCGGAGGAAUCUGGUACUGGUGCUCGGACCAGGUGAUUGUGCAGCGGUGCCUUGCAGCUCGUAGUAUCACACACGUGAAGGCUGGCUGCAUCAUGUGUGGCUACCUAAAGCUGCUACCCAUGUUCCUCAUGGUGUUUCCUGGCAUGAUCAGCAGGAUCCUCUACCCAGAGGAAGUUGGCUGUGUGGUUCCAGAAGUGUGUAAGAGAGUUUGUGGGACUGAGGUGGGCUGCUCCAACAUUGCUUAUCCUAAACUAGUGGUGACAGUCAUGCCCAGCGGUUUACGAGGCCUGAUGCUGGCUGUCAUGCUGGCUGCUCUUAUGUCCUCUUUGGCCUCCAUUUUUAACAGCAGCAGCACACUGUUCACCAUGGACAUCUGGACCCGCAUCAGAGCACAGGCUACUGAGAGUGAGCUCAUCAUUGUAGGCAGAGUCUGGGUUCUGUGCAUUGUAGCCGUCAGUAUCUGCUGGAUCCCAGUUGUCCAGGUGGCUCAGAGUGGUCAGUUGUUUGAUUACAUCCAGUCAGUGUCCAGCUAUCUGUCUCCCCCUAUCGCCUCCGUCUUUCUGCUGGCUGUGUUUGUUAAGAGGGUCAAUGAAACGGGUGCUUUCUGGGGCCUGAUAGGUGGCCUUGUGAUGGGUCUGUGUCGGAUGUUGCCUGAGUUCUGGUUUGGUAGUGGCAGCUGUAUUUUUCCCUCUCAGUGCCCUUUCCUGGUGUGCGGGAUCCACUACCUGCAUUUUGCCAUCAUACUCUUCUUCUGUACAUCAAUGUUGGUGCUGCUGGUCAGCUACUGUAGUAAGCCCAUAGACGAUCAACAUCUUCAUCGCCUGGUGUUCAGUCUUCGACAUUCCAAAGAAGAGAGGAAAGAUUUGGACUGGGAACAAGAAGAAAAAGGGAGAAGAGCCCGGAGAGAAGCUAAGGAGAGGAUGAGGGAGAACAAUGAUGUUGCAGUGGUUGAAGAGAAAGAAAAGUCUGGUAUCUGUCGCCUGGUUGGAAGUUUCUGUGGCCUGGGUGGUGACUCGAAGGCUCACGAGCAAGAGGAACCUGAGGGGUCAGAGCAGCCGAUGCCGGACAUCAGCGAGAAGGCUGUGUGGAAGAACACUGUGGAUGCCAACGCUAUCAUUAUGAUGGCUGUGGCCGUUUUUAUGUGGGGUUACUUUGCUUAAAAUAAAUUAAUUAGUCACUACAUGUAAAAAUGGAUUUUAUUUGUUAGUUUGAUCCAGGUUAAAGUUUGAUUACUAUACUUGAGUUGGUUUUCAGAACAGUGCUGCCAUCUGCUGGCCAAGAUCUGUUACUACACCAUAAAGGAUGAUUUCAUAAUUCACAUCAACUGAAAGCAGUCUGUUUCACUCUUCUUCUCUAGAUUAUAAGUGUAUCUAAAAAUGUUAUUGAUCCAUUACUGUAUACAGUUACAUUCCAAUUUGAUUUCAGCUCCAUUUAAAAGCUGCAAAAACGAAAUCAAAGUUUGAGUUAAAUUUUAACUUGAUAAAGCUUCCAGUAGCCAUGGAGUGCUUUAAAAAAAUUUUUAUUUUUUUUUCAAAUUAUCAUAACCUUGACUCAAAAGAAAUCAAUGAAAGAUUUGAGUGGCUUCACGAAACCCACUGAUGAAUGGCAUCAGUCUGAAAACUACAAUGUGUGGAGCAGUUUUUUCCAUUUAUUUAAAAUGAAUGUAUGCAGUCAUAUUAGCAUCUUUUUAAACAUAUCCAAUAUUUAAGACUUCCUAAACUGCAUCAACA